GAAGCGGAAAUGUAAUUCACACGUGAACGGAACGGAGUUGGUUUGUUUCGGCGUGGCCGAGACUCGCGGAGGUUAGUGGGAUCUAACUAAGGAGGGAGAGAGGGCAGCAGAGGCAGAUCGCCUCCCUAACGUCGCUUAUUCCCCUUAAAUCCUGCGCCCUGAAACUACAACCUACUUGCGUUGUAGUCAAGAGAGCAUCUUUCUGCAGGGCACAAAUGCAAAACGUGUUGGUCAAUAAAAUCCAGAAAAUAGCGCGUAACGAAACAGGUCACAUUUGUGAGUUUGCUUUCUCCAGCCUUUAAAACCAAGAUGGAUCUUUAGGCAGAGCGACUAUUAAGAAAUAUACACAACAAGUAACCAUUGUUUAGAUGGCGAUCUGGCUUUUUGAAUAUGGCUUUUACGCUCAGGGCGAAUGAUGGGGAAAUGUGGAAUAAAUGUAAGGUAACUUCGGUCUUGUGGCACUUAUUUCAAGAUUCGGGGCUGGGUUCUGCUGCUAGAUCUUUAUGGAUCAGAGCCUGCCCUUAGUAAAGGGCCACCACUGGAAACAUAAAAUGGAACCAGAGGCUAAGAAAUGCAGCGGGAAGUCACCACCUCGUCAUACAAAAGACUCCGUUGGAAUUAAUAUGAUUGAACAACUGGUCCUUUGCAAAUUGUGAGAUGUACAACUUGCCUGGCUAAAGAAGCAGAUGUCUAAAACUAGUGGACAAUUAACUGUUUCGGGAGUUCUAGAGUUCUCUUUCUAAUGAAUGAGCUAUGAAUGGCGGAGCAAUUGGCACAACUGCUCAUUAAGGCAGCUCAACUUCAUCUUAGAACUGGAAAGAAGAAAAGAUUAUCAUCUUCAGCCUCCUUGAAUGUAGCUGGGGAGAUACUGGCAGUAGCAGCUGGUUUGAAACCGGCUUUUCUGUAUGAUUACAAUUCGGCUGGGACUUCUCAGAUCCUGGACUAUGUUCAACAUCUUCAAACUAUCCUUCAACUUACAUGUCGGCUGCAUAUUCUUAAUAUAGGUGAAAAUGUUCUAAUAAUCAACUUGGAACUGAUGUGUUUGUAUCUGGAGUCAGUCCUGCUUAGCAAUAAUGUCAUCUUCAUUGACGUUUCUGCUUUUAGACCAUGUCCUACCUUUUCGAAUCCAGAAAAUGUGAACCUUAUAAAAACCCAUCUGUCAGAAAUAUUGAAUCAUAUUAAAGCAUUAACAGAAGAUACAUUUCAGACAAUAUCUUCAAGUGAACUUUUUUCCACUGAAUGGAAUCUCUGUACUCUAUUUGGUGUAUUGCUAGGGUAUCCAGCAUCCUAUAAUUUUCCUACUCAGAAGAGUUCUGAUAAUUGUCUUACACUAAUUCCACUGCGAGUGUUUACUGCUCAAGCAACAUUUUGUAUGGUAAACAGUGAUUUCAAAGUUCGGUUUUAUUCUUUCAGCAUCCCAGAACUCUUGUAUCCAGACAUGAAAAUGAACCUCAGCGCAUGGUAUGAAAAACUCACAGAUGCUUUUAAAGCCCAGAAAGAAUUUGCUGAUCUCUGCAUUGCAAGUGAGGUGGUUGCUCUAUCAGCAGUGGCCUUGUAAAUAUGAAUCCCGGUUUAGAGACUGAUAACAGUGCUUCUCCACAGUAUUCUACUGAUUUGUUUAAAAGCUUCAGAACAGGGACAGUUUGUCAGUGUCAUGUCAGUGUUUUAAGCAAAUACGCAGUUUUCCUUUCAGCAGCAUUCAGGAUAUCCUUCAUACUUAAAUUUCCAAGAAUCUAUUUCAGGUUAGCAUACUUUUGCAGAAGAUAUUAUUAACUGAUCUAUUCCAAAUUCCAGGCAAAAAGAAUUCAGUGCUUUUCUCCAGCUAGAAUAGGCAAUGAUUUCAAUUCUAGUAUGGUCAAGUAACAUUUAAGUGAAUUGAGGAACUUAAGAUUUUUGAAACUGUCAGAAUGGCUAUUGUGUCAGUGGUUGUAAAGAUCAAUGAUAUAUAUGGAUAGGCAUACAAACAAUAUUUGUUGCUUUGGUUUUAAUAAUAAUACAAAAACUAAUUUAAGCAAUACACAAAACCAAGCAGACAAACUCCUUCAGUAGGAGUUUCAGUACAAUACGCGAUUCUUAAUUUUACAAGACAUUUUAAAAUUGAAAUACUAACUAUUUGGGAUAAUUUAGACUGCUAUAGUGCAAUCAAUAAUAGGCAAAUAAGACAAGGUAUAUUCAAGGUAUAAAGUUGCUUAAAUAAGAUACCAGAGCUGUUACCAUGAUUACCAUUAUGAUAGGAAUCCAAUGAUCAUAAUUUCUCUGAAAAAAAAUGUUUUGAGAUAAUAAGUUGAUUAUAAAUAAAGUACAUAGAAAAAAAAAUACUCCUGGUCAUGUAGUGACACUUCUAUUCUGCUUUCACAUUGUUAUUUUAUUCCAAAGAAACUUCUACCUCUUAUCUGAUUAAAGUAUAUGUAUCGGAAGUAAAAGCGUUUUCCCCCCUCUGCAAUGGCAAGAAAAAUGAAAUAAAACUAUACAGUAGAGUUGAUGCUGAAGAUAGAUGAAUUAU